UUCAUGGCAACUGCAGCCUCAGUCUCGCCUCCCGCUCAGAGCGGUAGGCACGCUGCUCGUCCGUUUCCCGUGCGGCCGAGCCGGCAAGCGAUGCCCAAGAGCGAGGGUGGCUAUCGCACUCCGCCUGUCCCCUGCAGCAGCGCCUUCGCCACCUUUUCUCCCGGCCCGAACGGCAUAGGCGGCGGCGGCGGUGAAGGAAGAGGAGGACGUGACCGAAGCCGCAGGAGCGACUCGCGCUCCGUUUUGAUAGCGAUGUUGGCAGCCGCCGUUGCCUGAGCGGUGGUGCCUGCUCUGGAGACCCCCGGACUCCCCGAGGCAAAGUUUGUUCUGCUGGCUGUCGCUGCCUCUUGCUUUGGACUUGGAGGCGCGCGAGCGAGGGCGAUUUAAUUUAAUUGGGGGAGGGGACGGAUAAUUCCGGUGAGGGGUCUACGCCGCGCCUUCUCCUCCGCCUCCUCGGCUUUUCCUCUGCCCACCCCCCUUCCUCCUCCUGCCGCCGCGGCUGCUGAAUAAGAAGACCAAGAAGAAGAAGAAGAGGGACGCUUUGGGGAAGGGGCGGCUGGCGGAGGGCUUGCCGGCCUCUGCCGCCACCAGCACCCAGCAGGUCCGGACAAGCGAGUCCCGGAUCGGCGCAUCUCUGUGAAUUGGAGCGGCAGCUUCCUUGCGCCGGGAACCGGGCAGCCUGCGAUCCACCUGUCUUGAGGAUUUAAAGCCGCCCCCAACGUAUCUUCUUGGCUCUCCUGUUGCGGGACUUUGAUUGCUCACCGAGAGCCGGGAAGGGUGUUUAAUCCUCCCUUUUCGUUUUUUGAAGUCUGCCCUCCCUCCCGGUCCGCCCGUUCGUCUCCCCCGGCGACCCUUCCUCGCACCAGCAGGCAAGAAACAGGAGAGACGGAGAGAAAGGGGGACAAUGAAGGUUUCGUGGCUAACUUUCGCCUUCCUUUGGGGAAGCAUUUGCACACGAUCUGGCCAGGGAGAGGCUGAGACAAGAGAAUGCACUUAUUACAAUGCCAACUGGGAACUGGAGAAGACUAACCAGAGUGGAGUGGAACGCUGCGAAGGUGAAAAAGACAAGCGCCUGCAUUGCUAUGCCUCCUGGAGAAACAACUCUGGAUCCAUCGAACUGGUGAAGAAAGGAUGUUGGCUUGAUGACUUCAAUUGUUAUGACAGGCAGGAAUGUGUGGCCACCGAAGAGAAUCCACAAGUAUAUUUCUGUUGUUGCGAAGGGAAUUUCUGCAAUGAAAAAUUCACUCACUUACCUGAAGUUAAUGGCCCAGAAGGUCCUGCAAAAAGGAGGCUGGCUUUGAAAAGAUAUGGAGAACGGUUGCAGAAAUUGGUGGUUUAUGAGCCUCCUCCUCCAAAUGCGUCUCUGCUCCAUGUUGUGGUUUAUUCCUUGUUUCCCAUGACUGCUCUCUCCAUUGCCAUCCUGCUGGCUUUUUGGAUGUACCGUCACCGCAAGCCUCCAUAUGGGCACGUCGAUAUCAGCGAGGACCCUAGUCCCCCACCUCCUUCUCCAAUGAUUGGACUGAAGCCACUACAGUUGUUAGAGGUCAAAGCCAGGGGUCGUUUUGGCUGUGUCUGGAAAGCACAAUUGAUGACUGAGUUUGUGGCAGUGAAAAUCUUCCCCGUACAGGACAAACAAUCUUGGCAAAGUGAGAAGGAUAUCUUCAACACCCCGGGAAUGAAGCAUGAAAACCUUUUGCAGUUUAUUGCAGCUGAGAAGAGGGGAGCAAACUUGGAGACGGAGCUGUGGCUGAUCACAGCUUUCCAUGAUAAGGGGUCCUUGACUGACUAUCUGAAGGGGAACGUUCUCAACUGGAAUGAGCUCUGCCACGUGGCGGAAACCAUGGCCCGCGGACUCUCCUACCUUCACGAGGACAUCCCUUGGUGCAAGGGGGAAGGGCACAAGCCUGCGAUAGCCCACAGGGAUUUCAAGAGCAAGAAUGUGUUGCUGAAGAAUGAUUUGACUGCCGUGCUUGCUGACUUCGGACUGGCCGUACGCUUUGAACCCGGGAAGCCCCCAGGAGAUACUCAUGGACAGGUGGGAACAAGAAGAUACAUGGCUCCUGAGGUCCUGGAAGGAGCAAUUAAUUUCCAGAGAGAUUCCUUCCUGAGAAUUGAUAUGUAUGCCAUGGGCUUGGUCUUGUGGGAGUUGGCUUCCAGAUGCACAGCAACUGAUGGCCCCGUGGAUGACUACUUACUGCCUUUUGAAGAAGAAAUCGGUCAGCACCCAUCUCUGGAGGAGCUGCAGGAGAUUGUGGUCCAUAAGAAGAUGCGUCCUGUGUUCAAGGACCACUGGCUGAAACACCCUGGCAUAGCCCAGCUGUGUGUUACCAUUGAAGAAUGCUGGGAUCAUGAUGCGGAGGCCAGACUGUCUGCCGGUUGUGUGGAAGAGCGCGUCACCCAGAUUCGCAAAUCAGCCAAUGGUAGUACCCUCGACUGCCUUGUUUCCAUCGUGACCUCUGUCACCAACGUAGAUUUGCUGCCCAAAGAGUCAACUUCUUGGAUUCUCAGCCUUCCCAAAUGUGGUACCCAUCUCCUAGAAUUCUCAUACUUCAUGGCCAAAACUGCUGUUGGCUCAAAAUUCUGCAAUCCAGACCCAUCUGGCAGACUCCAGGUGGAAAAAGGUUAGCUUAUAGCAUCUCCAGUGUCUUGACAGUCACAUUUACCUAUUAAUGAUGCAGUUUUCCUGUUGUGUAAUCGCAUUUUUUCUUAGUGCAUCUCUUUAAUCUUCCUGGCCUUCAGUUGGUCUUGUAUAUUUAAUGUUAAGAAAGUUCUUGAUAUAGCAAUAAGGAAGCUCAAUCACAAGUGUAGCUAUGCAUGAGAGAAAGAAAAAAAAUCCAAAUCAGAUUUGGUCUAAAUAUAACUAUGUCAAUUACCAUAAGUAGUGGUAGUUUGAAUAUAUUUCAUUGGCUGAAAUAGGGGCCUUUAAAAAAAACACCAAGGCUAUCCUUUACAAAACAGUGAAGUGGGAUUUUCUCCCAGGUUAGGUGGGGGAUAGAGUUCCAGCUUACUUAAUUUUAUACUGUGUUCAUUCAUCACCUUAAGCCACAAUGGAAUUGGAGGGAUACAUUUAAUGUGAUGUGUGAAUCAUGAUAUUGUCUAAUCCAAGUCCAAUUCUUUCUUUAAAAAGUUUGCUGCAAUUGAGAUGUUUGUAUCUCUAGGAUCAGCCUGUCCAUGUAGCUGUAUUUUGUUCCUUAUCUGGCAUAGGGAAACUUAAAUUAAAAUCAAUAAGUAAGUAAAGAAUCUAUGCCAUUUUUUGAUCUUAAUAAAGAGACACUGCCAAGUUUGAAUUCUUAUUUAGAAGCAGGAAAAAUAAUAUAUUUAAGAAAUAAAAGCACAUUAUAUUUAGAGCCCUCAAUCUUAUGCAACAUUUUCAUGAUUAUCCAAUAGUCUAUGACAUACAGGGUUUCCUCAUUUUUAAGUACAAGUGAAUCUGUUUUGCAACAUUAGCAAUAGUGACAGGAUAAAAACAGUUUAAAACUUGAUCAAUAUUUAUUAGUAAGGGAAAAGCUAAUUAUGUUUACCACUGCCCCAGUUCAGAUACACUGAUAUACCAACAUUAGCAACAAAACAUGAAAAGAAAAUCAUAUAGUUUUAAUUUAGUUCUCCAAAAUUCUUAAUCAUGAUAAUGCUUGGAAACUGUUCUACUAACUGAAUUAAGUCAUGAUGUGCUAAGGCAAUAUGCAUGAGAUAGAAUUCCCUGAAGAUGUGUUUCGGUUUUUUAUAUCAAGGUAGUGAUUUAUUUUUAUAGAUAUCUGAAUUUUUGAUUCAGGGAUACAUUCCUACAUUAGACACAGUUUUAAAUAUAUGCUGAGCAUUCCAGAAUGAUCAGCCACAUAAUAAUUGUUUUGACAACCCAUAGCAACUUGGCAACAGUUUUCCCACAGUAAAAUCCAAUAACCUAGAUAGGAAUCCAUGUUUUAUAAGAAACAUCUCUUGAGUCUUUCUUACACUAUAUUUGCCUGGCUUGGUAGGAGACAAGGAAAGAUUGAUGCCAUUGCUACUGUCUAGCAUUGUGGGGAACAAUCCCCAUAUCGUGGUGCCAUUUUAUCUAUCAAUAAUGUACGUAUUGUGAGCUAUAUGAAGUAGAAAUUUUAGGCAGUUCAGCAAAAAGCUUAAAAUCAAUUUAAUGGUCUAAAACAUAUAUGUACUAGUGUGAAUGUGUUUUACUUAAUAUUUUCAGUAGAUUCUAUUUUAUGCAUUUCUACUUUUUCUAGAGGUGAAUCUAUUGCCAGACAAUGGCACAGAAUAUAGGUCCACAACUUAAUAAUUAUUUCAGUGUCCGCUAAUUAAUAAAAGGUUUUCAGUGAAUUUUCUAAAAUCUGUUAGGUAUAUGUGCUCUUUCUGAAUAUUUUUAAAGAUUUGAGACUCGAGUUUAGUGUCCCUUAGUCAUAAACGCAACUGGCUAUUUUAGUGGACACAUCCUCAAGGAAGUUACCAUUUGAGGUCUCAUAGCUAUGAAUUCUAAUGCUUUUUAAUUUGUGCCUUCAUUUAUUGCAAUGCAAAGCAACUGCUGUAAACUCUUCUAAACUUUUUUUUUGAGUCAGGGUUAUGGUAAAGUGAGGCUUAGAAGUUAGAAACUGCUUUUGUAACUUUCUUAUUUCUGGGUUUGAUCUUUCAUCCAAUAUAUUUGGGGAUCUUAUGAUCCUCAAAUUUCACAUUAAUGCAAUAGUUCUUUCUGGAUUCUUCUUAACAAACUAGCAACAUUCAUAAACAAGAAAUCAUUAUAUAAAAUGAAGAAAUUUGAGGGAGAGGAGAAUGGAACAGAUCAUCAAGGGGUAAACAUGUAAAAAUAAGCUGGUGGUUAUUUCCUACAAAGAUUCAGCUAACAGGCUUCUUUGUCAAACACAAGUUUCUUGGAUUUAUGUAGUUGCAAGAAAAAAUGCUCCUUUUCUAUAAUACUUGGAUUUCUACUGCUUCAGUUUUCUCUUAGGAUAAAUUUCCUGAUGAUCUUGACAACUUUGCUUUUUACUUGUAAUAGCAAAGAGGUCCUGAAGGAUAUCACGACAGGAUAAUUGUUUGGGGAAAGGGGUGUAACAGACUGAGCACAGGAAUUGUUUACUGAGCCCUUUUAGAAAAGAUUGGUCUACCCCAUUACUUUGUUACAGCAAAAUAUAACAUUGCCAUUUUCUAUGGAAUGAAAAUCUAUAGCAUUAAUUUCAUUGAUCUUGACUUGGUAGGGAACUGCACUUUUAAAAAAAUCUAUUUAUAUAUUCCCAUAACUUUCAUUACUGGUCAUCAAUAUAUUGAAAUAAAAUCUUCCCAUCAAAAUUCAAGUUUGAUGGUACAACAGAGAUUAACUUUCACAGGUGUAUUUUUCUUUUUAAACAUAUAAGUAGAUCAUCAAUUAUUCAUAAUUUUUUUGUGAUGAGUAAGAGGAAAACACCCUCUCUACUAAAAUGACUUUUCAUAUUAAUUUAUAUUGCUGGACGUAUCAAAGUGGUUGCUAUUCUUGGUCUCCAAUAUAGCAUUUACAAAUGCCAAGGGCCUUCAAUCUUGCUGCUGUCCACAUUUUAAAAUGAAAAUGAAACCCUACAGUCUUUCACCUAUCAAUAUAUGUUGUCCCUAAGUUUGAUGACUUACUUCUCUCUAAUGUAAAGUCAACCUAAGUACAGUUUGUCAAUUCUUAUGGAGCUUUCUGUAUUAUUUUGUAGCAUUAGAAAUUUACAUUAAAAGUUGAAGAACAAAAAUUAGAAGGAAAACAAAAAAAAAUCCCUAAUUUAAUCCAACUAUUUGGUGGUUGUUUAUUUUUUCAAGGAUUUCUAAAUUGUGAGGUUUAUUCAAGGAAACCAGAUAAAAGUCUUAAAAUUACUUUAACAUAGUGAAAUGUGCAUCUUAUUAAUAAAUAAAUAAACAGGAGUUUAGACCAGAUAUAAAAUACAAAAUUUUCAGUUUUGGAUUCCUGACAAACUUCAGAAAUAAGAAUUAAUUUAGGAAAUACUAAAUGCAGAAAGCUCUAUCAGAUGGUGAAAUAAUUCAAAAGAUUAUCAAUCCUUAGCUCAUAUUCCAAUGUACUGUUUGUAUACCAAGAUAUGUGAAAUGUAAAUUUUGUGGGUUAUAUUUCACUGUAGUAGCUAAAAAAAGAAGAAGAAUGUAGAUCAGAGAUAGCUUGUACUACUGAGUUAACAAAACAUAAGUAUCCGCUUAAAAGAAAGAGAAUUAAACAGAGGAGCUCAUAGCUGUAAUCCCUUUUGAACUGAAAAAGUGUGCUGAUUUUUAUAUAUAUAUAUAUAUAUAUAUAUAUAUUAUAUUAUAUAUAAAUAUAGAUAUGCAUAUGUAAGAUGGCCUAAAGAAGACAUUCACUGUAUUGCAAUUCUUUAAAUGGAAAUGUUUUGAAGCAUUGUAUCCUAAUUCAUGCAUUUGCAAUAGAUCUUUGUUUCUUUUUAUUGUUGUAUUUUAGAAAUGAGUCUCAUGUUUGAAAAUUAGAUCUGCCAGUUUGGGUAUCGCUGCUUCAGCUAAGUACAGGGUGCCCAAAUAAAACAGUAUGAAUGUAGUAUUUUUGCCUUGUGUGAAGCAGUUCCACUGCAGCAAAUAGGGGGUGGAAAUGUAGAAAGAACUAUUUCAAAGUCUAUCUUUUUCCUAUAUUAAAAUAAAUAUUAAAUGGCAAAUUA